UUCACGCAUGUCGCCGGACAGUCCUCUCCUGAGAGCGCGGGACACCUGCCCCCUCCGACCUCCUGGCCUGUGAGACGCAGUCGCCGGGGCCCGGCCCUCCCAUUGCUGGACUUGCAUGUGUCCCUGGGACUUUGGGGCCCUUUGGAGCUAUUGUUUACGUGGGAAUUUUGAGCCAUCGUGAGUCGCCGACAGGAGCAGACGCUUCUAGCAAUGAGCUCCCAAAGCCACCCAGAUGGACUUUCUGGCCGAGACCAGCCCGUGGAGCUGCUGAACCCCGCCCGCGUGAACCACGUGCCUAGCUCGGUGGAUGUGGCCUCGGCGCUGCCCCUGCAAGUGGCGCCCCCGGCGGUGCCCAUGGACCUGCGCCUGGACCACCAGUUCCCGCUGGCCGUGUCGGAGCCCGCGCUGCGGGAACAGCAGCUGCAGCAGGAGCUCCUGGCCCUCAAGCAGAAGCAGCAGCUGCAGCGGCAAAUCCUCAUCGCCGAGUUCCAGCGGCAGCACGAGCAGCUGUCCCGGCAGCACGAGGCCCAGCUCCACGAGCACGUCAAGCAACAGCAGGAGCUGCUGGCCAUGAAGCACCAGCAGGAGCUGCUGGAGCAUCAGCGGAAGCUGGAGCGGCACCGCCAGGAGCAGGAGCUGGAGAAGCAGCACCGGGAGCAGAAGCUGCAGCAGCUCAAGAACAAGGAGAAAGGCAAAGAGAGUGCCGUGGCCAGCACGGAGGUGAAGAUGAAGUUGCAGGAGUUCGUCCUGAACAAGAAGAAGGCGCUGGCCCACCGCAACCUGAACCACUGCGUGGCCAGUGACCCCCGCUACUGGUACGGGAAGACGCAGCACAGCUCCCUGGACCAGAGCUCUCCGCCCCAGAGUGCGGCAUCGGCCACCUACAAGCACCCGGCCCUGGGCAUGUAUGACGCCAAGGACGACUUCCCUCUGCGGAAGACAGCCUCUGAGCCCAACCUGAAGCUGCGGUCCCGGCUGAAGCAGAAAGUGGCCGAGAGGCGCAGCAGCCCCUUGCUGCGCAGGAAGGACGGGCCCAUGGCCGCCGCCCUGAAGAAGCGCCCCUUGGACGUCACAGACUCCGCGUGCAGCAGCGCCCCGGGCUCCGCCCCCAGCUCACCCAACAACAGCUCCGGGAGCGUCAGCGCGGAGAAUGGCAUCGCGCCCACCAUGCCCAGCCUCCCGGCCGAGACCAACUUGGCACACAGACUGGUGACGCGAGAGGGCUCGAUGGCCCCCCUCCCCCUGUACACGUCGCCGUCCUUGCCCAACAUCACGCUGGGACUUCCCGCCACCGGCCCUUCUGCUGGGGCGGCCGGCCAGCAGGAAGCCGAGCGCCUGGCUCUCCCAGGCCUGCAGCAGCGGCUGGCGCUCUUCCCCGGCACCCACCUCGCCCCCUACCUGAGCACGGCGCCCCUGGAGCGGGACGGCGGGCCGGCGCACAGCCCCCUGCUGCAGCACAUGGUACUCCUGGAGCAGCCGCCUGCACAGGCGCCCCUCGUGCCAGGCCUGGGAGCGCUGCCCCUGCACGCGCAGCCCCUGGUGGGCGCGGACCGCGUGUCGCCGACCGUGCACAAGCUGCGGCAGCACCGGCCGCUGGGGCGCACGCAGUCGGCCCCGCUGCCCCAGAGCGCGCAGGCGCUGCAGCAGCUGGUGGUCCAGCAGCAGCACCAGCAGUUCCUGGAGAAGCACAAGCAGCAUUUCCAGCAGCCGUUCCAGCCGCCGCAGCUGCACCUGAGCAAGCCCUUCCUGUCCCCGAGUGAGCACGUGGGGAGUGAGGAGCAAGGACAGGGGCGCACGAAGCACCAGCAGCCGCACUGUGUGACGAGCUUUUCCACCCGUGUUUCUGGCACGUGGACCGAGGCCUCUUGGUUAAAACCGAGACGACAGCAGACUGCACUAGACAGGCUGGGGGCUCCCGGGGCCUACGGUGUCCGUCCGUGGCCAGUGGCCCGGUGUGCUCCCGCACUGCGCGCUGCACGCGGGCGGGCGGGGCGCGCUCUGCAGAAGGGUGCGACGAGGGGCCGCCUGAAGCAGCAGUGCCUGUCUCCCCAGCAAGCGCUCCUCCUGGAACAGCAGCGGAUCCACCAGCUGAGGAACUUCCAGGCCUCCAUGGAGGCCGCCGGCAUCCCCGUGUCCUUCGGUGGCCACCGGCCUCUGUCCCGGGCACAGUCGUCCCCAGCGUCUGCCACCUUCCCCAUGUCUGUGCAGGAGCCCCCCGCCAAACCACGGUUCACCACAGGCCUGGUGUACGACACGCUCAUGCUGAAGCACCAGUGCACCUGCGGGAACACCAACAGCCACCCGGAGCACGCCGGCAGGAUCCAGAGCAUCUGGUCCCGGCUGCAGGAGACCGGCCUACGAGGCAAAUGCGAGUGCAUCCGCGGACGCAAGGCCACCCUGGAGGAGCUGCGGACCGUGCACUCGGAGGCUCACGCCCUGCUCUACGGCACAAAUCCCCUCAACAGGCAGAAACUGGACAGUUCGCUGACGUCCGUCUUUGUCCGGCUGCCCUGUGGUGGUGUUGGGGUGGACAGCGACACCAUAUGGAACGAGGUGCACUCGUCGGGGGCCGCCCGCCUGGCCGUGGGCUGCGUGGUGGAGCUGGUGUUCAGAGUGGCCACAGGGGAGCUGAAGAAUGGCUUUGCCGUGGUCCGCCCGCCGGGACAUCACGCGGAGGAGAGCACGCCCAUGGGCUUCUGCUACUUCAAUUCCGUGGCCAUCGCAGCCAAGCUCCUCCAGCAGAGGCUGAGCGUGAGCAAGAUGCUCAUCGUGGACUGGGAUGUGCACCACGGCAACGGGACCCAGCAGGCCUUCUACAGCGACCCGAGUGUCCUGUACAUCUCCCUGCAUCGCUACGACGACGGCAACUUCUUCCCGGGCAGCGGCGCCCCCGACGAGGUGGGCGCAGGGCCAGGCGUGGGCUUCAACGUCAACAUGGCUUUCACUGGUGGCCUCGACCCCCCGAUGGGGGACGUGGAGUACCUGGCGGCCUUCCGAAUGGUCGUCAUGCCAAUAGCAAAUGAGUUUGGCCCGGACGUGGUGCUGGUGUCGUCGGGCUUCGACGCCGUGGAGGGCCACCCCACACCCCUGGGCGGCUACAACCUCUCCGCCAAAUGUUUCGGGUACCUGACGAAGCAGCUGAUGGGCUUGGCCGGCGGCCGGAUCGUUCUGGCCCUGGAGGGGGGCCACGACCUCACGGCCAUUUGCGACGCCUCGGAAGCAUGUGUUUCUGCUUUGCUGGGAAACGAGCUCGAUCCUCUUCCAGAAAAGGUUCUACAGCAGAGACCCAAUGCGAACGCCGUCCGCUCCAUGGAGAAGGUCAUUGAAAUCCACAGCCGGUACUGGCCCUCGCUGCACCGGCUGUCGUCCUCGGUGGCCUCCUCCCUGGUCGAGGCCCAGCAGUGCGAGAACGAGGAGGCCGAGACCGUCACCGCCAUGGCUUCUCUGUCCGUGGGCGUGAAGCCAGCAGAGAAGAGGUGAGCCCCGGGCCGCGGAAGGCCUGGCCUUUGCUCUCAGGCCCGGCGCACAGCUCGCCCACGGGGCCCGCCAUCCGCACCAGGGCGAGUGUCCGGGUGACUAGAUCCCUGCCGCAUGGCCACCUC